CACAGAACUCCGGUCCAAUGCUCGUUGAUGCCAGCCCGUACAAUCAAUGAUGAAAGCACAACUCGUAUUAAACCCACGCCGUAAACACGCUGGAAUUGCCGAAGAAGACACUUGCUGUUCAACCGCUGCCACCCUAACCCUGAAGCACGACCAACCUUACCCACAAUACCCCUGAACCCCUAUCGUGCCCACUUCACACCAGCCAUGCGCCGCACUCCUCUGAUGCUGGCCUCGGCCAUCCGCUCCCUGCAACAACCAACAUGUCACGAUCUUAGUCUCAGCGUUCCAGUAACCUCGACCGUCCCUCACCAUGACUUUGAGACCUCGGCAUAUUCGGCCGAGGUUCUCUACGCCCUUGCUACACGCCAAGUCCUCGUGACCAACACUUACAACAUUUCUGCCCGGUACUGCGAGCCCGCUAGCUCUGUGGCCGCCUCAGACACGAUCCAACUUUUAAUUCACGGCGCGACCUUCAACAAAAACAUGUGGGACGUGGCCUACAAACCCGAAUCCUAUUCCUGGGUGCGCCGCAUGACGCAAGUCGAGGGCUACCCCACUCUGUCCAUCGACCUCCCAGGUAACGGCAACAGUUCCUUUCCCGACGGAUUGCUCGAAUCGCAGACCCAAGUCUACGUCGAGACAGCCCACUCCGUUAUUCGACAGCUCAAGGAGACAAGCGUGGUUGGCGACCGACAAUGGGACAAGGUCGCUCUCGUAGGCUUCAGCAUCGGUGCCAUUGUUGCGAACUCCCUUGCCCUACAGCAUCCGGAUGAUUCUGACGCUGUAGUACUGCAUGGCAUCUCUUGGGACGCGACAUGGAUCUAUCCCGCCUUCCUGGCUGGGCUGCAAGGGCCAGCUCAGCAAAUUGACCCCGAGAAGUGGGGACAUUUGGAGCCGUACUACCAGACCCAGGCCAACAGGGAGGGAAGGAGGGCUGCCUGCUUUGCGGGGAGCUAUGAAGAGGAUAUUGUCGAGUACGACUGGUUGACGAGAGACUUCGACAGUCUGGGAGCGGCGAUCACAUUUACCUAUCACCUUGUUGACGCGCCAGAGUACAGAGGCCCUGUGUUUUUGGGCAUCGGAGAUCAGGACUCGACAUUCUGUGGCGGGCAGUACUGCAAACAUCAGCCUUGGGAUCUGUAUAGGAAGUUUCCAGAGGCGACGGGGUAUGAUGUGAAGGUGUAUCCAGAAACGGGGCAUCUCAUCUUGUAUCAUGAUACUGCGGAGCAGUUGAUGGCAGAUACUGUCAAGUUCCUGAGAAAGCAUGUGGAAAGACCUUCGCCAACACCCGCUCCAACGCCAAAACCCUCUCCAACACCAACCCCGGUACCAGCUCCGGCUCCGGCUCCGGCACCAGCGCCUGUUCAGUCGUCCCCAGCACCGACGCCAACAACAGCAAAGGCGGUAGCAAACAACCCAGCAACAACACCAGAACAGCAGCAGCCGGCAACGACACGGAGACCGGCGGAUGGGGGGGCAACAGAUAAAGUUAAUGAGGGCACACCAACAGCAACAGAUAGAGGCGGGGCUCAGGCAGGGGGAGGUCAACAGAACUCAUCAUCACCAACCCUUGUCCCGCUCGUGGGGUCCGCUCCUCUAGACCCUCCACCCGACGACCAGUUUCCGGGGGGGCAAGGUUCUUCAGGAGGUGGACAGGAUGGCGCGACUGCUGGCUUCGGCGGUUCAGCGGGUGGUGGACCGGGAUCAGGUUCAGGUUCGGGACCAGGAGGCAGCGUAGGAUCUGGAGGAAACGAGGGAAAUGGAGGACACAUCGCUCCUGGGUCGACGAACGGCACAAUUGACUCACCGGGGACGCCUAACAACAAUGGUUUGUCAACAAACGGUGGGCUGGGUGGCGGCGCUAUUGCUGGUAUUGUUGUUGGCUUGCUUGGUCUCCUUGCCCUGGUUGCACUUCUUAUUUUUUUCCUUCGCAAGAAAAAGCCACAGGCCCUUCAAAGGGUAGUAAAGAAGUUCAAUGGCAGACCAGGAAGCUCCUAUCCCGUCAGCGCUCAUGGAGCUGAAGGUAUGGACAAGACCUUAAUCGCAGGAGGUGCUGGUGGCUCCGUGUCGGCCGCCGGAGCCGCGAGACGUAACUCUCAACAGCAGGAUCAGCUACCGAUGCAGCAACCCACGAACGCCCCAACACUGCGCCCUGUGAACACCAACCUGCGCGCCAACUGGGUAUCAUCACCCACCAGAGAGUCGACGAGAAACAGCAACGCCUUCACUCCAUCGCCCGUCUCUCCCCUCUCACCUGCCAUGCCCGUCAGCGUGCUUGGCUCAGCUCCUCUUCCCUCGGCGUAUCCCGUCCGCUCUCAGUACUACCAAGCUCCUCCUUCCAAACCAGGCCCCCUUACUCAAGCAGGCUAUCCUAGAAGUUCACAAUACGUCCCCCCAUCCAACGCCGGAGGAGGCCUUCACGUAGCCCACGCGGCAUCGGGCGCGCAUAUGAACCGAGCCAGCAGCGUCAGCAGCGUCAGCACCACCAGUGCUUUGAGCGCCAUCCUCAACCCGGCACAGAUGGUAUGGCCUAUGCCACCACCUCCCACGCCGCCAGUCAGCGUGCCAGACACACCUCCCGCGACGGCUCGUGAUAACAAGCCGCACUAUGUUGAUCUUUCGGCGCCUGGACAAACGGUGGUAAGAAUCAACAAGCCCCCGAGUGUGAGAAGACCAAGGAGACAGAACUCGAACUAUUGAUGUUGUCUGUGGCGCCGUACUCGUCCUUUUCCAAUUCACCAACUAUACUCCUUUUGUUUUUGCACCGAGUCGUCCCGGUAGCAUCGCUGUGCCAACAACGUCAUGUAUACCACACUAUCUGAGCGUAGUUUAGAUUCAUAAUGCCGUGCCCUGGCACCAUCGCCCCCAACUGAAGAAAUUGUUUUGAAGUUGUGGAAAUGACCACCUACCCAAUACAUUCGGCUGCGCUUCACCAC